CUCUACCCCGGUAGACGUGCCUCGUGUUCAUCUCGUGACCUCGGCGACUAAACUCCUGUUUCGUUCGCAGAUUACAAGGCGACCACGGCCCAAUCUUGGAGCUUGGUAGAGGCUGCACCAACCAUCCAUUAAGUUAACGAACGUGUGUAUACAAAGGAAAAUAUUGAUUUUUCCAACCCCGUUUUCACCUCCCCGCGUCGUGGACCGCACUUUUUGUGAGUAAAACGUUGACAUCCGACGGCGUUAGUGAAAGUGGCGAAUUUUCCGGAUGGCAGAUGGCAGACCACAACUGUUUCGGUUAACAUCGACAGCGCCGGCUGGAUAAUGUUUCGUCACUAAUUAAAUGGGUGAUACCGGAGUGGCGCAUUCCUUCGCAAAGUUCAUGCCAUUAACCCAUUAUCGUUGCUAUAAAAAAGCUAUCGUUGUUUAAGUUGUGUAGAUGUUGUCCUCAUAUGUACUACGCAUUAUGGCGUGUCGUGACGAAUGGUGAUUGGUGUUUAACUAUUUGGGAUUCCGCAAGAGUGUGAUCGAUCACGCCAAUUGGCAGCUGUAUCAGAAGUUGCACGUGUGAGGAAAUGAUAUUUUUUCCAUGAAUUUAUAUGGAAGCCCAUUUGGAAGAGAGCUAAAGAUGUGAUUAGUGCUACACAAUCCUUGUUGCAGAUAAAUAAAUUAAGAAAAUUUAAUCAACCCAAGCGUAUCACCAUCAAUAUGUCCCUUUCGUUUGAUUAGUAUCGGAAGGUCGCCGCAUAUGGGCACGUCGCGUCGAUCGAAACACACCAUCCAGCAGCAGAAAAAUGAAACUACUUACCGGCAUCUUUAGUGGAGAACCAGACAGCGAAGAAAAUGGUGCAUCCUUCGCACCGCUGCAACUCGUGCUGUACGUUUCGAUCUCGUUUCUGAUAGUGUCCCUGGUGGGGCUACUCAUCUACAUCACAUGCUCGAAACGGUACCGGCUGAAUUGGUUCGAGAAAAACCUGCUGGAAACUGCCAAGGAGCGCGAAUCUUACGGGAAGCGAAGCGAAAGUCAUGUUAGUUGUUCCAUACCGUACAACGUAGAUGCCGUAGCAGGCACUUCACGAUACUUGAAUCGAAACACCGGAAGCCCACUCGCAAAAACAGACGACCCACCCUUUUGGGCAUCCCAAGGGCUUUAUAAAACUAACACUUCUUGUGGUCAGUUUAUCGACUCCUCUGAUGAAGAACCUCCGGAUGACAGCGCCGACUCAUCGAGCAGCUGUAAAUCUGUUAUUGCGGUCGGUUCGGUGCCGAUUGCCCGCACCGACAAGCACGUUGUUCUCAGCACAACGAGCCCUGCGAAGCCCACCACAUCGACGGUGAAGGCGAAAAACAACCAACGAGGGCCAGGAGAUGCUUCCGGCGCGGAGAACACGCUUGAUACAUCCGGCUCCGGUGGGGUCGCUGCCGGUGCCAGCUCAACCGUGAAGCUCGAACUCGGUGAUGACUCCCGGGGAGCAAUCCACCUAACGCUCAACUACGAUCCCAGUGCGGGAAUUUUGAAUGUCAAACUCAUUGAGGCUCAGGACUUGCAACCGCGUGAUUUCAGUGGAACCGCGGAUCCAUACGCAAAGAUAAGACUGCUCCCAGAUCGCAAUAACAUGUGGCAAACUAGGAUACACAAGAAAACGUUGAACCCAGUGUUCGAUGAAGAUUUUGUCUUCGAAGUUCGACCGGCCACCAUCGGUCGCCGCACACUCGAAGUACUAUUAUUCGACUUUGAUGCUUAUUCCCGUCACGUAGUCAUUGGAGGAUCGCAACUUGCGCUGGCGCACGUUGACCUGACCGAUCGUUUGGACAUCUGGCGCCCAUUAGGACCAUGUUCUGAAACGGACCCAAAGCAAGACCACGGUGACGUCAUGGUUUCCCUUUCAUAUCUUCCCUCAGUCGAAAAGCUAACCGUAGUGAUUAUCAAAGCAAGGAAUCUCCGCGUCGUCGACGAAACUCGGGGCACGUCGGACCCCUACGUUAAAAUAUCGCUCCACAAUCUGGACGGAAAGCGCCUCAAAAAACGUAAAACUACCGUAGCAAGGAAUACGGUUGCACCAGUCUACAAUGAAGCACUUACAUUUGACAUAGCCAAAGAAACGCUUAAGAGUUGCUCCAUUGAGCUGCAGGUCCGACAUGAUAGUCUGCUGGGCAAAAACGAAGUGCUCGGUUGCGCCACCGUUGGGAGUGGGCCGGACGUUAGACCGGAGGAUCGCACAUUCUUCGAGGAACUGUUUCGCAAUCGAUCAGCUACUGCUCAAUGGAUCGCACUGGCCGACUGGAAGACCACCAAAUCUUCUGUGGUUAAGUAAAGAAAUGCUAAAGUUUAACUCAGUAAGGGUAAACAUAGCUGCAAGUUUUCAAGCAAACGUCCAACGUACCUUAAUCUAUUGCUAGUUGUUAACCAAAAGGGCAGCCAACAGAAAUUUAUCGCAUUGUUGAAUGUUUCAAAUGUUGCUGUAUAAAUCGAUGUUUAGUACCUGUUGUAAGCAGAAAGAGACAAGUGAAGCCCUUCUCUUCCUUGAGUUUGAACACUUGACUAACGAUAUUUACUGUAGAUUAUACAUUCUAAACCUAUACACCACCCUAAACGUAUACUGUAGAAGGCUUGAUUAGUGUUUCUAAAACCCAUUCACCUAUAUCUUAGUUUCCUGUUCCCGCACAUUCAUAACAUUAAGACAUGAGACUUAAUUGCAAAAUAUCAAUCUUCAGGCACACCAAAGAAUGCAAGGGAUAAAUAAAUGAAUAGAUUUUGCGGACAAGUAGUAACUAUUAGCUAUGAAAGCAAACAAGAGUAGCGACAGAUGCAUAUUAAAUCAGAAUAGAAGUACAUAUAUACAAAUAAUUAUCAUUACUCUGAAUAUUUAUUUAAUGUUUCAAAAAUAAAAAUAUUUACCAAUAGCGGUAGACGUAGAAAUAAAAA